CUUUGCGUGGGAAAGCGUAACAAUGAGCGGCCUCAGGCGUCACCUCUGAUUUUAAAAACGAUCGAUAACGACCUUUUCUUCCCUUCCUACCACCAGCUCACUUUAUGUCCGUUACAAAAAUUCACGCUCGUCAAAUCUUCGACUCUCGAGGAAACCCUACCGUUGAGGUCGACGUGUUUACGGCGAAGGGUCGCUUUCGUGCCGCCGUUCCCUCGGGAGCAUCUACCGGUGUUCAUGAGGCUGUUGAGCUUCGCGACGGUGACAAAAACAAUUAUGUCGGAAAGGGUGUCUCCAAGGCUGUCUCCAACGUCAAUACUGUCAUUGCCCCAGAGUUGACCAAGGCUGGGAUACCAGUCACCUCCCAGAAAGAGAUUGACGAUUUCCUCAUCAAGCUUGACGGUACGCCCAACAAAGGAAAACUUGGUGCCAAUGCCAUCCUUGGUGUUUCUAUCGCCGUUGCUGAAGCUGGUGCUGCGGAGAAGGGUGUCCCUCUCUACCAGCACUUUGCUGAUCUCGCUGGUGUAAAGCCCCCCUUUGUCCUUCCCACCCCUGCUUUCAACGUUAUCAACGGUGGGUCGCAUGCAGGAAACAAGCUCGCCUUCCAAGAGUUCAUGCUCCUGCCCACCGGUGCCACCUCCUUCACUGAGGCUAUGAAGAUCGGUACAGAGACGUACCACACCUUGAAGAAAGUUAUCUCUGCGAAGUACGGUAUCGAUGCUGUGAACGUUGGCGACGAGGGGGGUUUUGCUCCUAACGUGUCUGGUGCCGAUGAGUCCUUGGAGUUACUCACUGAGGCUAUUAAGAAGGCCGGAUACGAAGGCAAGAUCAAGAUUGCUCUAGACGUCGCGUCCUCCGAGUUCUACAAGGAGGGCAAGUACGAUUUGGACUUCAAGAACCCCAACUCCGAUCCCACGAAGUGGAUUUCUGGUGUGGAACUUGCCGAUCUUUAUCUCAGUUAUGUCAAGAAGUACCCCAUUGUCUCGAUCGAGGACCCCUUCGACCAGGAUGACUGGGAAGCUUGGACACAUUUUACCAAGAACAGCGGCAUCCAGAUCGUUGGCGACGAUUUGACUGUGACCAACCCUCUGCGGAUCAAGACUGCUAUUGAGAAGAAGGCUUGCAAUGGCCUGCUCUUGAAGGUGAACCAAAUCGGCACCAUUUCCGAGUCCAUUCAGGCUGCUCAACUUGCUCAAUCCGAUGGCUGGGGUGUCAUGAUCUCCCAUCGUAGCGGUGAAACCGAGAAUACGAUCAUCGCCGAUCUCUCUGUCGCUCUUGGUGUCGGCCAAAUCAAGACUGGUGCACCUGCACGAAGUGAACGCGUGGCCAAAUACAACGCUCUUCUCCGUAUCGAGGAGGAACUUUCUGAUUCUGGUGCUACCUACGCCGGCGACCAGGGUUUGUCCACUGGACCCAAUCCGCCUGCUUUGCUCAAGAAGUAAAAAACGCCGUCAGGAGUUGAGAUUUCAAAAACUAAAUGACUGAGGGCUGACCCGAAUGUUUAAUGUACUUCAUACUGAUCAUAGACUUGCAUCCAUGUGUAAGAAAAGUAUCGAAUCAAUUGUUGUAACAUCGUUGCAACAGGUGUCCAAAGACAUUCUACUAUUUUAGAAGUU